CACAAUAAAAUAUAACGAAAAAAAACACAAGUAAAAAUAAACUAGAGACAAUAUUGUGUGUUGUGGUCAUGGUUGCGAAGAAAAUGAUGGCAAUAAACUUGAUGGUGUUGAUGAUGAUGGCUAUGGUAGUAAAUGAAGUGCGAGCUAGUGAAAAUUUAGAUGUCGAGCGUGGUGUAAAAGAAGGGAUAGGCUCCUGUGCUAAAGAGUGUGCACUUAAAUGCCUUCCUCAAAUCAAUCCUCGACGUAUUGUAAUUUGCACGGCUCUUUGCAUAAUAGCAUGCAAACUUAAUCCCCCACCUGCCAUCUUCAAUUGUACCACUGACUGUUCAACUUCCAUAAUCAAAACCGACGACCCCACUGAGGCAAGAAAAAUAGAUAGCAUCGUCGGUUCUUGCUACGAGACUUGCAAGAAUAACAAUUAGUAGGCCUGGAGAUCUUGUGUUUAUUAAUGUUAUUUACUCUCGGCUCAUUUUAGGAUUUAAAUGGUUAAAAAUAUAUAUUAAGUAUUACUAUUUUGCUUUUGUAACUAUCAAGCAAUUUGAAUAAAAAAAUAUUUUCAUUUUAA